GUGAAAAUCCAUCAUCCCUCCAUCCAGGUUCAAUAACAAACACCUUUCUCCGACCGACAAAGCGAAUCAGUCAAUAGAAUCUCCGAGCGACCCGGAUUGGGCGAGAGAGAGAUCAGAGAACCGAGGAUGAACAACCUAAUCUCUCUGCGAUUCUUGACAAUGAUGAUGAUGAUCAUACUGGUUCAGGCAGAUCUGAGUAGAGCGAAUUCAGAGAAGGUCAACGGCAGCUUCACCACCGCGUGCGGCGGUAGCCACUGCGUCAUUGGCGACGACUUCGACCUGGAGGUGGAAUUUCCGGUGGAAUCGCGUGUAGCCAGAAUGCUAUACGAUAUUAGGCAGUCUACGACUUCAAGAACAGGUAAUCGGAAUCAGGCUUCUGUCAACUGUCCUCAAAAUCAAGGUUACCGGAGCUGCCUUCCACCGUCAAACGGAGGUGCUCCGAGACAACGCUGUGGCGAUUACACUCGAACUUGCUGAGAAAAUCACCGAGCUUGGGUUUAUCUAAUUUGUUGUUCAAAGAUUAAUCGUGAUGAUCGAUGUGAAUGAAUCUGGUUUCUGUGUAUUCAUCGAUAUAUAUAUAUGUAUGUAUGUUGCUCUUGCUUGCUUUGUUUUGAUCCAUAGAGUAAUUGUAAGAAUAAUUAUGAAUUCGAUGUGGAAUUCAGUUACAGAGAAUGAAUUUAAACUUGUAUCA